AAAAUUGAGAUAAGGAAGAAGAAGAAAAGCUCUGCGUAGCUAUGGCGUCCAUGGCUAGUGCAAGCGUAGCUCCUGCUGGAUUCUCAUACGGCAGGCCUCCAUUUUCUGCUUCAGAGAAGCUGAGGAGAACGGUGGUGGUGAGGGCUGAAGCCAUAAACCCAGGUAUCAGGAAGACCGAAGACAAAGUGGUGGACUCUGUUGUUAUCGCCGAACUGAACAAGCCUCUCACUGCUUACUGCAGGUGUUGGCGGUCUGGGACUUUCCCUUUAUGCGAUGGAAGCCAUGUGAAGCACAAUAAGGCUACUGGAGACAAUGUUGGGCCUCUGCUAGUGAAGAAGCAGUGACUAGUAAAUGAUAUAGCACUAUUAUACAUUCUUGAAUAUUCCAAACUUGGUGCAGCAUAGUAUAUCGUGUUCUGAUGGGGAAAUCCUUGUAUGUUCUUAAUGCAAUAUGAUGAUCUCUAUCUGGAGUUGUAAUAAAGUGAUAGUUUUCUACUCCUGUAGUGGAAAUUCCUUCUGAUUUCAACUAGUUCAAUCAGAACCAGAAAAGUGGUUUUGGUCC